AGUCUACAAGUCACCACUUUUACUAAUUGACUGGUAAAUGAACAUUUCCUUAUAUCAUCUCUGCUAGAUAUUUCUCCCGUCCAUCUCCCAUGAUCACAGGAAGGCUACCUAUGCCAGCACUCCUGGUCCUUCUACUUCUUGGUUUGUGCACAGAAGUUUGCCACGCUAAGGAAAAGUCACUAAUCAAAACAGAAUUUUCCGGUGAAGCAUAGAAGAUAGACUAGUUUCACCAUGAAUAUUGCAGCAAGUAUACCAUCCUUUCCAGCAAGAUUCAUACUAAUCCUUCUAGUAGUUCUUGGUUUGUGCACUGUAGCUUCCCACGCUAAGGAUGAUCAUCACUGUGAGCCUUCUUCCUGCGGCCACAUCCGAAAUAUAAGUUACCCUUUCCGACUCAUUGAUGAUCCAAAGAAGUGCGGUGACUUAAGGUAUACCCUGUCUUGUGAGAACAAUGUCACUGUAUUACAGUUGUAUUCAGGAAAAUACUAUGUGCUUACCAUCAAUUAUGGAAACUACACAAUCCGAGUUGUGGAUGCCAAUUUUCGCAAGGAUAACUGCUCUUCACUCCCUCCUUAUUCCUUGGCCAGCCACAACUUCAGUAAUUCUCGAGAUCGGCCAUAUAGGAUUUUUCAAUCUAGAGAAUAUCCGAACAGGACUGAGUCUAUUCAACUGUCGGAGUCUAUAAUCUUCAUGACCUGUGAAACUCAGCCGGUGAAGUCGUAUCUCUAUAUGGAUACUGCUCCUUGCAUUAAUGCAACGAGUGGGCAUUCUUUUGUUAUCACUGGAAGAUUAAAUGCCUCGGAUUUGGGGGAUUCAUGUCGCAUAGAGCUGAUGGUCUCGACAUCAUCGUCGAUUGGGACAAAGGACAUGAAGCGUUCCUACAUAGACAUCCACAACGAGCUGCUCUAUGGUUUUGAACUUUCAUGGGUGCAGAGCUACGGCCGAUCAGGUGAUUCUUGCUAUAUCGAGGGUGAUACCAACGAAGUUCAUUGUUCUGGCUUCUAUUUCAAUGAUAUUAUUGUGUUAGUACUAGAAGACUCAGCUGGUGGCAUUCUAGCUGCAGUGGUUUUGUGGACUGCGACAAAAGUUAUAUUCGGACUUCCAUGUGUGGUUGUCCUUUUAAUCUUGAAGUUGAAAAGACGACAUUUAUCAAUGUAUAACGUUAUUGAAGAAUUCUUACAAAGUCACAACAACCUCAUGCCUAUACGGUACUCCUACUCCAACAUCAAGAAGAUGACCAAAGGAUUUAAGGAUAAAUUGGGGGAAGGAGGUUAUGGCUCUGUGUAUAAAGGAAAGCUCCGGAGUGGUCGCCUUGUUGCUGUUAAGAUGUUGGGAAACUCCAAAGCUAAUGGGCAAGAUUUUAUGAAUGAAGUUGCUACCAUUGGAAGAAUUCAUCAUGUAAAUGUGGUGCGACUAAUUGGCUAUUGUGCUGAGGGAUCAAAGCGUGCUCUUAUAUAUGAGUACAUGUCAAAAGGGUCUCUUGAUAAACACAUAUUUCCUAAGGAAGGACUCAUUUCCUUAAGUUGCAAGGAAGCAUUUGAAAUUUCACUAGGAGUGGCCCGUGGUAUUGAUUAUUUGCAUCAAGGAUGUGAUAUGAAAAUUUUACAUUUCGAUAUCAAGCCACACAACAUUCUUCUUGACGAGAAGUUUGUUCCAAAGAUUUCAGACUUCGGUCUGGCAAGAUUAUGCCCCUCAGAUGAUAGCAGUUUAAUUUUGACCGCAGCUCGAGGAACCAUUGGAUACAUAGCUCCUGAAUUGUUUUACAAGAAUAUUGGAGGUGUGUCGAACAAAGCUGACAUCUACAGUUUUGGAAUGUUGUUGAUGGAAAUAGCAGGGAAAAGAAAGAACUUGAAUGCAAAUGCGGCCAAUACGAGCCAAAUUUACUUUCCUUCUUGGGUGUAUGACCAGUUCAAUGAAGAAAAGGAGAUGGAAAUCGAAGAUGCCACGGAUGAGGAAAAGAAACUAACAAAGAAAAUGCUCAUGGUAGCAUUGUGGUGUAUACAAAUGAAGCCAAGUGACCGUCCUAAUUCAAUGAACAAAGUAGUAGAGAUGCUUGAAGGAGAAGUUGAAUUCAUUCAAAUGCCUCCAAAGCCUUUCCUAUAUCCACAAGACAAGCCAGUAUUACUGGAAAAAUCAGUUAGUUCAAUUCAAAACCCAGAAGAAGUGAUGUAGCGCCAGUUAAUAUUUGUAUUUACAAUGGAGCAGGUGUUGUUGAUUAUGUGGUGGCUGAUGGAUUCAAGGGUGGGUUGUGCUGAUCAGAAAUCAUGAGGGAAAUUUUGGGAGUCUUGCAGCUCUUGCUACAAAGCUUCUCAUAUCGAAGGUAGCUUAAUUCCUACUUGUUGUUGAACAUGCUCCGAUUGGUAUCAUAUUGGUCAGCAGUUGUUUACAAGCUUCAUAUUAACCCUAUUGUGUUCUUUCUCUACACCAGCACUAACACUGGAAAAAACAAGUACAUAUUACAUAUAAUCCAGCAAUAUUGCCC